UUCAGAUCGCCCUUGCAGGAACGAGCACAUCUGUGUCCCAGUGACAGGAUCUUCAUCACAUGUCUGCUUGCGUAUCGAUACAUACGGACAGAUGGUAUCAAGUGUGGCAAGUGUCUCUUCAACUACUACUGCCGGUAACCCUGGGGUCAGCAGCGCAGCUCCGACCACUUAUAUUAAUAAUGAUGUAUCUGCAAGCAACACUUCCAUCACAGCUAACAGUAACACUUUUGAAGUGAGCGACACUUCCACCACAGGUAACAGUAACCCUGCUGCAGUGAGCGACACUUCCACCACAGCUAACAGUAACCCUGUUGAAGUGAGCGACACUUCCACCACAGCUAACAAUAACCUUGUUGAAGUUAGCGACACUUUCACCACAGCUAACAGUGACCCUGUUGAAGUGAGCGACACUUCCACCACAGGUAACAGUAACCCUUUUGAAGUAAGCGACACUUCCACCACAGCUAACAUAAUUCCUCCUGAAGUAAGCGACACUUCCACCACAGCUAACGGUAACCCUGCUAUAGUGAGCGACACUUCCACAACAGCUAACAGUAUCCCUGCUGCAGUGAGCGACACUUCCACCACAGCUAACAGUAACCCUGUUGAAGUGAGCGACACUUCCACCACAGCUAACAGUAACCCUGUUGUAGUGAGCGACACUUCCACCACAGCUAACAGUAACACUGUUGAAGUGAGCGACACUUCCACCACAGGUAACAGUAACCCUGUGGAAGUGAGCGACACUUCCACCACAGGUAACAGUAACCCUGUGGAAGUGAGCGACACUUCCACCACGGCUAACAGUAUCCCUGUUGAAGUGAGCGACACUUCCACCACAGCUAACAGUAACCCUGCUGAAGUGAGCGACACUUCCACCACAGCUAACAGUAACCCUGUUGAAGUGAGCGACACUUCCACCACAGGUAACAGUAACCCUGCUGAAGUGAGCGACACUUCCACCACAGCUAACAGUAACCCUGCUGAAGUGAGCGACACUUCCACCACAGCUAACAGUAACCCUGGUGACACUACAACCACUUCCACAGCAGCUCCCGAUGGUUCAUGCUCAGAGAGUGCUGACUGUGCUGUAUUUCCGACGUCAAGUUGCCGUGAUGGUUUCUGUACAUGUAAUAUAGGGUACGAUUUGGAUGUGGCCAGAGCAGUUUGCAGGGACUUAAGAGAGUGUACCACCUUUGGGACAGGCUACAACCAUUUCCCGGGACAGGUUAUUUGGCAAGAAGAUAAAGAGAAAAGAACCUCCUCAUUUUCAGUUGCGCAGUGUGUUCAAUUGUGCAAUGAAGCUUCAACCUAUGUUUGCAAAUCUUUUGAAAUAGACACCAAAGUAAACGGUUGCUACACUCAGGUUGUGACCUGGCUUGAUGUUAGUCAGGACAAAUACUACUAUGCAAGCCGUUUCGAUCAUUAUCAACGAAAGUGCAUUUGGGAGGUCCAGUAAGCUAAUGCCGUUUUUGCCCGUCAAGUAUAUGCAGUUUGUGAAAUAACUUAGAGUAUAUCAUGCUUCAGAUUUGUUUUGUUGGGUGGAGAGAGAGAUUUUAGCAUCUUCGGCCUUCAGUAUAUAUUCAUAACGUGACAAAUGUGUCUGUAAUUGACGUCAUACGAAAAGGAGGUGUUAGCUAGUUUAAAUUCAUGACUAGACCUUACUUGGGUGUUCGACCUUUUCUGCAUCAAACUAUGGGCACAUGCAUUGCGGCAUUGUUGAAAUCAUUAUAUUUGAAUAGCUCUUGUGCUACAAGCAUUAUCACCAUGGCUAGUUAAGCAACAAUGGACAAUAGUAAGAUUUCAUUUUAAAAUAUGAAGAUUUUGUUGGAUGUUUUGGAUGUUUCAAGAUGCCUGUUUUAAGAUCCCUUGGGCACUACAAGGAAUUAGAGAAGAAGG